AUGUCUGCAACAUCUGCCGCGAAGUCGGAUUCGUUCGAUGAAUUUUACACGGAGGUCAAAGAGAUUGAAAAACGUGACUCUGUGUUGACCCCUAAACAGCAACUUGAUAGAUUGUUACGACCAGGGUCCACGUAUUUUAAUCUUAAUCCGUUCGAGGUACUACAAGUAGAGCCCGAUGCGUCUCUUGAUGAGAUCAAGAAAAAAUACCGAAGGUUAUCCAUAUUAGUUCAUCCAGACAAAAAUAUGGAUGAUUCUGAACGAGCUCAACAGGCUUUUGAGAUAGUAAACAGGGCUUGGAAGACACUCGAGAAUGAUGAUACUAGGAAAAAGUGCUUGGAUAUUUGUGAAGAGGCUAAAGAACGGACUGAUCACAUGAUUGAACAAAAACGGAAAAAGAUGAAAAAAGACAAUAAGUUAGCAGAAGGUAUUCCAGAAGAUGAUCCCGUAAAAUAUAAACAUGCAAUUUAUGUUAUGACCAUGAAGUUAUUUGCUGACAUGGAACGAAAGCGCCAACAUCUCGAAGUCCGUGACAUGGAAGAAAGGAAACGGAAACGAGAAGCUGAGAUUGAGCAAGAAGAACAGAAGUCAUUAGAAAAAGAAUGGGCGAAGAAUUUUGAGGAAUCUCGACAAAACCGAGUGGACAGCUGGAAGACAUUCCAAUCUGGCGGCGGUAAGGAGAAAAAGAAGAAAAAAAUCCAAGGGUUUAAACCUCCCAAACCUAAACCAGAGAGUAGAUAA